GACAGACACCCUACGACAUGUUGAAAAAUUACAUGCUAACUGAAACGUAACAGCCCGGCAACCCGGGAAAGAAGAGAGAGAAGAACAAGCUUCAACAAUGUAUGCGAUUUCCAGUCUUUGGCUUAGCAAAUUGAAAAAUUUCAUCGAGCCCGGCGCAGUUGAGAACAACGAUUUAUUUUGCUCGCAUGCCCCAAGGUUUGGAGGUGGCCCCGUUUGCCCGCUGGAUUCUGUGGUUGAAUGCGAGAUAUGCGGAAACAAAAUGGAAGGCCAGUCAGAAUUCUAUGAAAAAAUCUUGUGGGUCGACUGUGGGCAUUGAGACCCAAAUUGAAGAUGCUAUUAAGGAUUGGCUAAAAUAUGCGACGGUCAGAGUAUUUUCAGCGGA